CUUUAUCUCUAAUUUCAACUUUAGACAGUUUAAAUUUGCGAUUUUAAAUUUCGUGCAUUCAAAUUGCUGAUUUUAUAUUGUAGACAUGUUAUUUUGCCGUUCAGUUGUUUUAGUUACUAUUUAGUUAGUUUUUUAGUAGUUUAGUUAGGUUAGAUUUAGUUUUUAAACACAGUUUUUUAAACUCAUUAAAGAUUAAAGGGUUAAACUUUAAAAAAUUAAUAAAUUAAAUGGUUUUGUGAUGUUUGCAAUUGAAGAAAUCAUCAAAUCAAUUUAUGAUGAAAAGAAUUAUGAUGAAUGGUGAUUAAUUAUUGACUCUACACUACAGCUUUUGUUGUAAAAAAAAUAAUCUAGAAUGGGGCUAAAAGCUAUUCAGUCUGCUACUGUAAAUAAAUCAAUGAAGUCGUCAGUAAUUGAGCUAUACUCAUUCUAUGAAUUACUUGAAAAUUGAACUAUAGUAUCCUUCAAACCACCUAAUAAUAAUAAUAACAAUAAUAAUAAUAAUAAUAAUAAUAUAAUACUCCCUGUUUCAUAUACAUCAAAUUAAAAUCUUUGAUGAAGUGUUUGCCAAAAUAUUCCUUAAGAGGUUUCAGCAAAUGGACAGUCUUCAUCAUAAUCCUCACAGCAAUUAUCCCAUUAUAUAAUGAAAUCAUCUCAUUUGACUUGGCCAGCUUACAGUGGACACAUCUUAACACCACUGACCAAAAGACGUUGAAAAUUUUAUUUGUGGCUGAUCCACAGAUAGUUGGCCUAGUAAAUGAACACUGGCUGCUUGGCUAUAUAACAAGAUGGGAUUGUGAUAGAUAUAUAAAAAAUGGAUUUUCGCGAGCAUUAGAGCAUGUGAAACCAGACGUUAUAAUAUUCUUGGGAGAUUUAUUUGACGAAGGUUCCAGAGCCACUGACACACAAUACGCAACCUAUGUCGAAAGAUUUUCUAAUAUCUUUGUUGAUCCUUAUUUGAUUAGGCGUAUUUAUAUCCCUGGAGAUAAUGACGUCGGUGGAGAGGGUUUUGAUUUCUUGGAGAACUGGAAGUUGCAAAGAUUUCACAGGCACUUCCCAUGCUUAAAUGACCCUGUUGUAAGAAUUGGAGACUUUGUCGAUGUAAUCAGGAUGAAUAAUUAUAAAGACAGACUCGAUCAGGGUGUCCUUGACCUCAAUGAAAUCAAUAAAAAAUCGACAAACAAUAUAAAAAUGUUCAUCAGUCACUUGGGUGUAAUAGAUUAUUAUUACUACAUGAAAGAUAAGAUAGAAAAAAUCUCGCCCAACAUCAUAGUAGCCGGCCAUGAACACCAUUCAUCCUAUUUGAAAUGCCAAAAAUGUCUCACUAAAAAUUCCGUCGAAACCUCGUACUCUUUCGAUGAGAACCACAACAUUUUGAAAGAUAAACUGAGAGGCAAGUCAACAGUCUAUCAGAUCACCGUUCCCACUUGUAGCUAUAGAAUGGGGACUGCCAAAGCCGGCUACGGCUACAUGGCUAUUGACGGAAACAGUCGCAUGCAGUACACCGUGUUAUGGUUGCCUCAGAGGUAUCCGCAGUUAUUCCUCUACCUUGGCUACUUGCUUCUGCUGCUGUUGGCCGUUUCUGUUAGAAAAUGUUGUUCUGCUAGGGUUAAGCUUUAUAGUAUCAGAUGUUGAACUAAUGAUUCCAGAGGAUAAUACUUAUGCUAUUGGCCUUGCCCUCAGUUAUUAUGAAGGCUAUUUGAAAUUUGUGUUACCAG